GACAAUAAGGAUUUCGGAAUAAGGAGAUGCAAUAAGGUUAGUCCGUACUGGGUAUUUCAGAUUGUGAACUCAACGUCUGGUAAUGCGCAAAAAAAACGUUGCAUAUCUCAGCUGUCUUAACAGUUUUAGAUAACACCAUGAACGGCCUUGAGACGGCUGUGCUUGGCGUUCAUUCAGCAACUGCCCCGUAAAGGCUGCACAGGUUAUUCAGUUGGCGCGUGGGACAAAUUGUGCAAAGUCAUUGUGACUCAUAUUUUCCUCAUAUUGAACAAAGCCGUUGAAUUAAACCAUUCACAGUUUCGCCAUGACUGAGAAGUCCUACACAACAACUGACCGUGAAGGCGGGUUAUUCGAAUUGCCGUCACCGCAGAGAAAGGAUCUUUGGAGGGCUUGCUACACAGAUUGUUGUUGGGAAGAAACUUUUGAAAAAGCGUCUGCCUUUCCGCCCCUCGCCGCGGGCAAAUUGAGGCUCUACAGCAUGAGGUUCUGCGGCUUUUCUGAGAGGGCGAGACUUGUUCUAGCUCAUAAGAACAUCGAACACGAGGUAGUGAACAUUGACUUGAAGCAGAAGCCAUCUUGGUUCUGGGACAGGAACCCCACAGGCAAUGUUCCAGUCUUAGAACAAGACGACAAAGUGAUCUAUGAGUCCCAAUACCUGGAUGAAACGUACCCCAACAACAAACUGACCCCCACUGACCCGUACAGGAGAGCCCGGGACAGGAUCGUGGUGGAACUGUUUGGAAAGGCAGCGACCCUUUUGUACAAGAUGCCUUUCAGCAAAGAUGUGCCAACAGAGGCUAUUAAAGGAUUCCAUGAUGCUCUUGGUCAAGUGGAGAAGGAACUUGCAAAGAGAGGAACCCCGUUCUUUGGUGGCAGCUCUGUGCAGAUGGUCGACUUCAUGAUCUGGCCUUACGCUGAAAAGUUUGACGCCGUGGCCCAGGCAGUGGAGGGAGCGAGGGUCACAGAUGACCGGUACCCGAAGUUAACCGAGUGGAUUGAAAAGAUGGGGACGGUACCAGCUGUGCAGAAGUGUCGCUGGGAUACACCGUCACUUGUCCAUUUCAUCGAAACAACCAUAGCUGGAAAACCAGACUAUGACAUGGGACUUUGAUGAGCAUCUGUGUCUUGAUAGAACUGUGUAGAUGAUUUGAUUAACGACAACAUUGAUCAUAUUGUUAUAAUGACAAAUGAUAUCACAAUUAAUUUGAUACCGAUAUAAUGAUAUCACUUUUUGCUGUGAUAUUAUUUCAUUCAGCGAUAUAAAUCUUUCACUAAUGUUACUAAUGCAUUUCGUGAUACCCAAAAACGUGAUAUCCUUAAAUAAAUAAUUUAUGAUUAAAAGAAGUACUGAUAUCAGUAAAUUGGUAAUAAAUGUGAAAACGUCUUGCCAUAAUAACCUACUCAUGAAUGCAAUAGCAUGAUGUCCGGAUUAAUGUUGUCCACUCUGGCAGCGUUUCGUUCUUUUGCUUCCAACUAUUACAGUUGUCUAACCUUCUCAACUAAACGCUGUGUAAUACAAUAACAUAGUGAUGUCAUUAUUCACCAAGGCAACCUUGUGAAACGAAUACCUUCAAGGUCAACUUCAACUGAUCCUGUCUGGUCUAAAGCUACCACAUGGAUGUUGGUGCCAUGAUGCCAAUGCCAUCGAGCUCUCAAGGACAAACACUCCUGGUGUGUCGAGCUCACGUACAUGCAAUCUCAUUAAAAUCGGAUCCUAGUUCUAACAACCGCAGAACAAAACCAGUCAAUUUCAGGUCACGUAAAACCCGUUGUCCGACCACUCAGCGCGUGUCAGCUCGACAGUAUCUCAAGCUUCAAUGGAAUGACAUUUGCCCAUGAGAAGUACUGCCAUACAUUCUAAACCACACCUUUAACACUUUAGACUUGUUUUGUUUAGUUUCCAAAUUCUAAAACAAAAAUUUGUCAAAUGAAUUUCAAAGCCAAGUCGCCAUUUGUGAAAUUCGUGCCGAAAAGCUGGAAAGAGUUGCUUCAGGAUUGGCCAAUGUCAUUGACAUCCAUUUGUCAAUGUGACAUCGUUUUAUGUACAGUCAGAAUGUAACACCCUUGUAUGUACAGUCAAAAUGUGAAAUUUUACAAUUGAGUCUUUUGAUACGGUGAACUUGGUCUUCGAAAAUACGAUUUGGUAUUGCUUUAUGUCAAUCAGAACAACGUAAUAAUAAUUGGUUUUUGAUGUCACUGUAAGCAAUAGUCCAACCAUCAUGGUGGCCUGCAGAUGUUUGAACCAGACCGACCGUGCCUGACAACGUGGCUAUGAAUCACCGUAUACGAUUCCAACUCACCUUAGUUUUAAUGACUACAUAGUGCUUAAAAUUUGGCGCCUCUCUAUACCUAUAUUUCAUGUGAUAUUUUCUAUGCCAUUAUGAGCGGUGUAUUGUCAUAAUUGCUAGACUUGAUUAAAGUUCUUCACACUUUCGUGUGUUAUCACAGAGUAAAGUAUAAUGAAUUAAAGAAUUUGUUUGAUCAA